AUGGGUAUGUGUGCGAGCUGCGACUCGACCUACGAGCGAGAUGACAUUUCCAGCGGGGAAGAGACCAGCGUCACCUUCAUUAGCGCCAGCAGCGAGAGGGAGCGGGAGAGGGAGCGAGAGCGCCACGGCCGCCGCCACGACCGGGACUACUCGUCGGAGCGCCGCCACCACCGCGGCCAUGCACGCCGUAGGCUGUCCUCGCGCUCGGCCUCGUCGGACUCGUCGCGCCGCCGCCGCCCGCACCACCGCAACCGACGCCACCACCGCGACUCAUACGCCAACAGCCACAGGGAGCAACAGAAAACGGGCCUCGGUAAGUCGGCGGCCGUGACAGAAAACGGCUCGAAGAAGACCGCGCACCCGACUAUUCUCGUCGCCAAGUUUGGCCCCUGCGUGUGA